CUCCCACUUAAGGAUCUCCUCUGGCAGCCUGUGGUGGGGCUUAAAAUCCUGAUUUGACAGAUCACAUUUUACACACAGGCACUGAGAAAACAGCCAAGCGCUCUGCUCUUUCACAACAGAACACGUCCUCGAGUCUUGAGAUACAAUGGGGACGAGGUUGAUGAUGUUUAUUUCGGCGGUCGUAUUGGCAUCGUGGGUGCUUUCAGCAUAUGGUGCACACUAUCACGCUCACGUCGACCGCAAACAAUGGGAAGUAGCACGUAAUGAUGAAAUCAAUGGAGUGGCAAGGAGAAAUAAGAGAGCAACAGAUGACGAGGACUCCUCCACAGUCUCACCUGUUGGGGACGCAUCAGACCUUCCGACAUGCCUGCUGUGUGUGUGUCUAAUUGGAUCGGUCUACUGUGAGGAGGUCGACCCAGAUAUGACAUCAGUGCCGGCUCUGCCCAAAGAGACAAACUAUCUCUACGCCCGGUACAACAAGAUAAAAAAGAUCACAGCCAAAGAUUUUGGAGAUAUUGUGACUUUGAAGAGAAUCGACUUCACUGGAAACCUCAUUUCUGAGAUUGAGGACGGCGCCUUCGCAAAGCUCACCAUGCUAGAAGAGCUCUCGCUAGCUGAAAACGCUCUGGUCAAGCUACCGAUGCUCCCUGGGAAAUUAAGCUCAUUCAAUGCCAAUCACAACAGACUGAAGACCAAAGGCGUCAAGGCGAACGCGUUCAAGAAAUUAAACAAACUGAUCAACCUUUAUCUUGCUCACAAUGAACUGGAGGCCGUUCCUGCCAUCCCGGAGAGCGUCCGCACGCUUCACCUUCAGAACAACAACAUUUCAACAGUGACUGUGGACACCUUCUGCAAAAGUAACAACACCUACUACAUUCGACCCAACAUGAAUGAGAUUCGCAUGGACGGAAACCCAAUCGUCCUCGCCCAAUACCCCAACAGUUUCACAUGCCUGCCGUCUCUGCCGAUCGGGCGAUACCAAUGAAAACAGAACCGAAGGUGAAACGCAAGACGUCCUGGAUAUCUAAAGAAUCUGACUUGAACCAUGACGGAAAAGUCAUUCAGUCUCCUGGUGCCUGUGAAAAAUUGAGUGUACGGCAGGGUUACGCCAAGAGAUUUUUUUGUACUAUACGUAUCCCAUUAUGUAACAGCUGCCAGACACGUUUUAUAAGCCAUUUGAUCUUCUCUCGAAUAUCUUCAUACGCAUUGUAAAUAAACCCUGGAGGCUGCUGCUUAGUAAAAUGUGACUUCAUAACAAAUUGCAGUCAAGCUUCUAAUAUUCCUCAGAACUCUGUGAAUUUCAGACACGUGUACGGUUUAAAAUGUCUUUCUUUGGCUGAAAUAAGUAGCCUGUUAAGUUAAUCCGAGGGUGAGGAAGCUAUUUUAAGUUUGGUACUGCAAGGAUCCACAGCUGGUCUUCCUGACUUCCCUUCUCUGAACUGUCUGAAUAAUAUUUAUGUACUUUUUGUAAUUACUACUUGUGUGCGAAUCAAACCUGAAUAGACUGUACAGUAAAACAUUGUAUGAAAUCAACACGCUAUGUUCGCUGUAGGUGUUCAAAUACACGUUUUUCUAAAAACCUGGUUGUGACUUGUCUUUUACAACAGCAACGUUAGAUUAAGACUUGACUAAAAUCUCUAUAAAACACCAAAACAACCGUCUGCAGUUCAAUGAAACAGUGAAGCAAUUGCGAAUCAAUCAAACCUAAAAAGAUUAUGCACGCAGAAAGCUCUGGAAAAACAGGGCUUAUAAACGUUCCAUGUUGCGUUCCAAAUUGGCAGCCGUUACAGUACGAUGGUCCAAGCAAAUAAUAUGAAUGUUUUCCAUACUGCCUCUAAAGGCUUUAUUCCCAAACUUUCACUGCUGCUGGAAUUUGUUCCCAGUCCGGCAUUCCUCAAUCUCAGCAACUUUUCUCAUUCUUAUGAAGUCUACAGACUGGGUGUGGGGUCCGUGAUGAGUGAAUGUUAAAAAGUCUGGUCCAACUGACCCUUAAAAACAAUUUUAGGCUUAGACCCUUACAGUUAAGAGUUACGAGGUGAAAACACCAUUUUUACAAUAAAAAGUAUAUUAUUUACAACUCACCUAGACCCAAUUAUUCGUUUGUAUCAGAGCUCCGUUCACACCCACGUUCUAGUGUCACUUCUCCUUCAUGCCCGGUUCAGACCACACAAAUUCAUGUUGAUUCGUAACCGCAAUGGGAAGCAAGAUUCUAUCAUUUAACAGUGUGUCCACAACGUUGAGAAUCAUGACAAAAAGACGGAAGUGAUUUAUCAACCCGGCAAUUACUGUUAUUAGUGAUGCAACGAUUGCAAUUUUCUUGGCCGAUUCGGGUUUACGAUUUUAUUGUAAGUGAAGCCUGCCGAUUCCGAUUUUUGCAGAUUCUGAUUUUCUAUCCACAACCUAUAAUUGACAGUAUAUAAAAUCCAUUUUUAUUUUACUUCAAUGCACAUUUUUCAUAAUAACAAACUUAAUUGUCAGAAGAAAAAUUAUUGAGCAUUCCAAUUUCCCCAAAUUUCGCUAAAUUUACAUUUAGUCAUUUAGCAGACGCUUGUAUCCAAGUUGGGUAAACAAUGGAAGCAAUUGGGUCAAACAUGAGGACAACAAAAAGCAUAAGAGCAAUAAAAACAUGUCUCACAAAGCCUACUACAGUGUACAGAGGCAAGUUUAGUUUAUCAAGCUUAAGUAAGCAUGCAUUUUUUUUUAUAUUGUAGAAAAGAUAGAAAUCAGAAAUGAUCAGUCAGGUGCAGAUGUGGAGGAGGAGAUGUUUUUUCAGCCGAUUCUUAAAGAUUGCGACAGAAUCUGCUGAUCUUGUAGCAGCAGGCAG